AUGAGGUAUGUAGAGUAAACCGUGACUUUUCUGCAGAUCACCACAGCCGCGACAAUUUCAUGUUCAAAGACGGUGGAUUUGUAAUCUAUCGCUUUCGUGCAAUAGCAACCCAGUGGGAGUUCCGUCGCUGAUACAUUUUCCCCUUCUUCCCUCCAUUGCUGUUGGUUUUGGCGGUGGUGGUGGUGCAGGUAGAACUCUACUCUAGUGCAGGGUGCUUGCGAGCCGAAAUAGGCGGAGCCACAGCAGCCAGCAGCAGCAGCCACGACCACCUGGCACGUUUCACACCUCUACCCCCCCCCCCCCACUCCACCUUACCUCACCCGACUUCAACGCUCGCCAUCGACAACUACCUCCACCACCACCUCCUCCACCUCCACCUCCACCUCCACCACCCCGCACUCGAAAUUCCCACGAUGGACGUGAUUCGCGACGCGAUCAAUAAUGUCUCCCUCUACGAAGUCAAGGCUGCCGUACGGAAGGCGCAGAAUGUUGUGAUGAACUACACCGAAAUGGAGGCGAAGGUCCGGGAAGCGACAAAUAAUGAGCCCUGGGGAGCUUCGUCCACACUCAUGAACGAGAUUGCGAGUGGAACGUAUAAUUACCAAUUGCUCAACGAGAUUAUGCCAAUGAUUUACAAACGGUUCACUGAGAAGUCGGCCGAGGAGUGGAGGCAGAUCUACAAGGCUCUGCAACUCCUCGAAUUCCUGAUCAAGAACGGCGCCGAGCAGGUUAUCGACGAUGCGCGCUCGCACCUGUCGACCAUCAAGAUGCUGCGCCAAUUCUACUUCAUCGAUCAGGCCGGCAAGGACCAGGGCGUCAACGUCCGCAACCGCGCGAAGGAGCUCGCGGACCUACUCUCGGACGUCGACAAGAUCCGCGCUGAACGGAAGAAGGCGAGGCAGACAAAAAGCAAGUACAUCGGCGUCGAGGGCGGAGGUGCUGGAGGUUUCAGCACGAACAUGGGUGGCAUGAGCAGCAAUCGCAACAGCGGCAGCAGGUUCGGCGGGUUCGGCAGCGAGUCGGCGGACUUUGGCGGGUACAAUGGCGGCGGGGGUGUCUACGGUGAUGGCGGUGGGUUCAGCGGAAGGGCGACGGGUGGGUUCCAGGAUGAGGGGGGGUCCACCUCGAGGUCGGAUUCGAGGGGCGCGCAGAAGUUUGAUGAGUACGACGAGUACGACGAUGGAGGCACUACUUCCUCGCGCCGCGCCGCGCCACCACCACCACCGAGACGGCAAGAAGCGGCCGCCGUGAAGCCAUCUCCCCCACCACCAAAGAAGAAGCAGCCCGCUCCCGAGGUCGAUCUUCUCGGAAGUGACGAUGCUUUCGCGCCUGCUCCUUCGGGUCGAGUGGCGGCGGCACCACCAUUGCAAGCCGCUACCUCUUCCGCCGCAGCAGACUUUGACGACUUUGACGACUUCCAGUCCGCAGCGCCCCCGAAAACCCAGUCGAUGCCAGCAAUUCCGUCGAUGCCCUCGUUCUCCACACCGAUGCCACCUCCCCUGACAUCAUCCGCCUCGAGCCUCAGCAUCGUCCAUCCGAAGCCGGUAUCCAGCAACGACCGCUCUGACAUGAGAACCCUGACCGGCUUCACCUCGCCGCCAAUAUCCACGACGCCCUCAGCCUUUGGCACCCCCGCCAUCACGCCCUCCACCACGGGGAGCGGCAUAGGCAACAUGGGGAUGGUGGGCGGCAUGACGGCGAUGAAGCCCUCCAACACCGGCUUCCAACCCGCAGCGCCGAACUACUUCACCUCGGUCCCAGUCGCGGCCAACACCCCCGGCUCCCCUCUCUCCCCCAGCACUACGACACAGCCAAAGAAGGCCUCUGGCGACGCUUUCGGAAGCAUCUGGAACCAGGCCAGCGUGGGCAUCAAGAAGUCGGCCACCCCAACCGCAAAGACGCCAAGUCUCCAGACUAUGGCCAAGGAGAAGGCCACCGCAGGCAUCUGGGGAACCGGACCUGCGGCGGGAUCCACGGCCGCUGGCAAUAAACCUCCAGCGAAUAGUGGCGGGAAUGGACUCGAGGAUCUGUUGGGUUAGGGGGCCGGGGCCUGCAGGACGUGAAAAUGGGGAGUGUUUCGUUCGUUCCUUCGAGGUGGCGGCGGCGGCGGCAUACGCAAUGGUAGUAGUGGCACUGGACUUGGUUUUCACUUGCGAUAUUUUGCGGGUUCAUUCGUUUAUUUUCUUGUAGCUCUUUUGCGAGG